CUAGAAUAGUCUGAAUCUCCUUUGUUUUUCUUUCUUUCUUGAUUUUCUCCAUCAGUCAUUGAUUUAUCAUAAACAAAUAUACUAGCAUUUCUUAAGAACUUUCUCACAAUUUACGUACGUUGUAUGAUUGGUAUGAGAAUAUCAACAGUAAUGUGCAACCAAACAUGGCCAUCCUUACGUAUUAGCAAUGUUGGCCUCGAUAAUAUGCCAUUUCACCGUCAACCACCGAAAAUGGACAAGCUUGUGGUGGUGAUGGGAGCCACCGGUGCCGGAAAAUCAAGACUCUCCGUCGACUUAGCCACUCAUUUCGGGGGAGAAAUUGUCAACUCCGACAAAAUACAAGUGUACAAAGGGCUUGAUGUAGCAACGAACAAAAUUACCGAAGAAGAACGUUGUGGAAUACCUCAUCAUCUAUUAGGUGCUAUUGAUCCUCACAAGGAGUUCGAAGCCAAGAACUUCUGUGACAUGGCUUCACUUGCUAUUAACUCCAUUACUUGCCGUGGGAAGCUUCCGAUCAUCGUCGGAGGAUCGAAUUCGUUCAUUGAGGCACUCUUCUACGAUAAAACCUACGAAGUAUAUACGAGGUACAACUUUUGUUUUCUCUGGGUGGACGUGUCCAUGCACGUACUAAAUUCUUUUUUGACCAAACGAGUGGACAAAAUGGUCGAGAAAGGACUUGUCAACGAGGUAAGAAACAUGUUCAAUCCUAAAAAUGCAGAUUACUCCAAAGGCAUUCGAAAAGCAAUUGGUGUCCCAGAAUUCGAUCGUUAUUUUCGGGCUGAAUUAUCAAAUUCCGUUGACGAGGAAACCAGAAUUAAGCUACUUGAGGAAGCCAUUAAUGAAGUAAAAAUCAACAACUGUAAAUUAGCAAGCCAACAGUUAGAGAAAAUAAAGAGGUUGAUAAAUGUUAAGGGAUGGAAUGUACAUCGACUGGAUGCUACAGAAGUGUAUAAAAAACGUGGAAAUGAGGAGGAAGAAAUGGUGGAGGAAUUGUGGAAGAAUUUGGUUGUGGGACAAAGCAAAAGGAUUAUGGAUAGAUUUUUAUGCGAAAACUAUAGGAGUUCAAUGGAUUGUAGUAAUGAUGGGACAGCCAUUAACAUAGCUAUAUCGGCUAUGGCAGCGGCAUCUUACUACUAAAGAGGCGAAUACAUGAAUAAGCCAAAUGGAUUCAAUAUCGGUUAUACAUAUACAUAAAAAAUAAUAUGACUUUUUAUAUAUAAUAUAAUUUUUCGGCGAAUAAAAUUCGAAUGAAACCUUAUGCGUCUAGCUAGCUAACUCCUCCCUUGGCCAUAGAUAAAAAGAGAUAAGCAAGUUGUGCAUUAAUUUUGUACCCCACUCGGCA